GAUACGACAGAGCGACACGUCGCUAGCAGGUGCACAACGCAGGGAAAUCACGAAUACAGGAGGAAGGAUGGCAUAGCAUAGCAUAUGGCCUUUUCCCCUUUCAAACGACAAGAGACACGUCCUCCACAAACCAUAACCUUUUGCUUUCACUAGAAGAAUGUCACGAACACGUAGUAUCUGCUGACCUCCUUUCUACAGAGUGACUGCGGUCUCUGCAUAUAGAAGCCAUUCACUCUACUACCAUCAAAAUGUCAGGAACCUACACACCAGCCCCUGGUGGCCCAUUCUCUGCGCUCACCCCAAGCAUGUGGCCUCAGGACAUUUUGGCCAAGUACCAUCAAAAAGACUCCACAGAACAGCCUGAACUCCAAUAUGAUGAGUUUGGCUUCAGAGUGGACACUGAAGACGGUGAGGAGCCCAGGUCGUGGCUGGGCACUGAAGGCUCACCCCAGCAUGAAGACCCUCAGCAGCGAUUGCGCUGGCAAGCCCACCUGGAGUUCACCCACAACCACACAGUGGGUGACCUGACCUGGGAGCUUAUUGAUCCUGUCCUUCCACGGUCUGAGCGUCUGCGUUCCUUGGUGCUAGGGGGCAUACCUCACAGCAUGAGGCCACAGCUUUGGAUGCGGCUGUCUGGAGCACUGCAGAAGAAGAGGACCUCUGAGAUUUCCUACAGAGAAAUCAUUAAGAACAGCUCCAAUGAGGACUCCACCACAGCGAAACAGAUAGAGAAGGACCUGUUACGGACUAUGCCCACCAAUGCCUGUUUCAGUAGUCUGACCAGUGUUGGAGUGCCAAGGCUAAGACGGGUGUUGAGAGGCCUAGCCUGGCUCUACCCAGACAUUGGGUACUGUCAGGGUACCGGCAUGGUGGUUUCCUGUCUGCUGCUCUUUCUUGAGGAGGAGGAUGUGCUAUGGAUGAUGUGUGCCCUGAUCGAAGACCUCCUUCCUCCAUCCUACUUCUCCUCCACUCUGCUGGGCGUCCAAACGGACCAGAGGGUUCUCCGUCAGCUCAUUGUUCAGUACCUGCCAGCCCUCGACCGCCUUCUGCAGGAGCAUGACAUAGAGCUGUCUCUGAUCACGCUCCAUUGGUUCCUGACAUCAUUUGCCAGUGUGGUGGACAUCCGUCUGCUCCUUAGGAUCUGGGAUCUACUCUUCUACCAGGGCUCAUUGGUGCUCUUCCAGGUCACACUGGGCAUGCUCAAGAUCAAGGAGGAGGAGCUUGUCUCAUCAGAGAACUCUGCCUCCAUUUUUAAUACUCUGUCGGACUUGCCAAGCCAGCUGAGAGAUGGGCCCGCAGUUCUCGGAGAAGCUAUGAGACUAGCAGGGACGCUGUCCCAGGAAACUCUAGAAGCCCACCGACACAAGCACCUAGCUUAUAUCCUAAAUGAACAGGCGCAGCUCAGCAACGGAAACAACACAACGCUAAACUCAAAUCUCAACAAGGUGGUCAGGAGACAGUCCCUGCGCAGGAAGUCCACCCUGAGCUCCCUGCUGUUUGGGGAGGAUGAGGCAGAGGCCCUAAAGUCCAAGAACAUUAAGCAGACAGAGCUGGUGGCCGCCCUGCGAGAGGCGAUAGCUCGCACAGCAGAGCACUUCCACUGUUUAGACCCAUGUCACUCCAGUACGGACCUAACUCCUGACUACUCCAUGGAGAGCCACCAGCGAGAUCAUGAAAACUUCCUUGUUGUGUCCCGCAACCGGCGGAGACGGGCAAAGGCUUUGCUGGACUUUGAGCGACACGAUGACGAUGAACUGGGCUUCAGAAAGAAUGACAUCAUCACUAUCAUCUCACAGAAAGAUGAACAUUGUUGGGUAGGAGAACUCAAUGGCCUUAGAGGCUGGUUUCCAGCAAAGUUUGUGGAGAUCCUCGAUGAAAGAAGCAAAGAGUACUCAUUAGCAGGUGACGACUCUGUCACAGAGGCGGUGACAGACCUGGCCAGAGGCACACUGUGUCCGGCCCUGAAGGCCAUCUUUCAGCACGGUCUCAAGAAACCAUCUAUACUGGGAGGACCCUGUCACCCUUGGUUAUUCAUAGAAGAGGCGGCGAGUAGAGAAGUAGAGAGGGACUUCAACUCUGUCUACUCGAGGCUGGUGCUAUGUAAAACCUACAGGUUAGAUGAAGAUGGGAAAGUACUAACACCAGAGGAGCUGUUAUACAGGGCGGUGCAGUCAGUCAACAUGAGCCACGACUCAGCACAUGCUCAGAUGGACGUCAAGUUUAGGUCUCUCGUCUGCGUCGGCCUCAAUGAGCAGGUGCUACACUUGUGGCUAGAGGUGUUGUGUUCCAGCGUAGCUGCUGUAGAGAAAUGGUACCAUCCCUGGUCCUUCCUUCGCAGUCCAGGAUGGGUACAGAUCAAGUGUGAGCUCAGGGUCCUAUCAAAGUUUGCCUUCAGUCUCUCCCAAGAUUGUGAGUUACCAGACAAGAAAGAGGAAAAGGAGCAGAGACCAUUGAAAGAGGGAGUGCAGGACAUGUUGGUGAAGCAUCACCUCUUCAGCUGGGACAUUGAUGGCUAGUCACACAGCAAAAAAAAAAAAAAAAGAAAGCUGAAUCCUACUCUGUCCUGUGCGUCUGUGAUUAUUUCAUGUCUUUUCAUAUCAUAAAUUAGACACUGUUGUCGUCUAUAUUAAGUGACUACUUCACAGACCCUGUCUGUCACAUCACCUUUCAGCGUUGAACAGUGGUGACAGCCCAUUAAUGGUGACUCUGAGACGCCCACGUCACCAUGAAGGUCGACUGGUUUGUGCGAGCUGAUGCAUGUGUGCAUUAAGGUGCACACUUUAUUUUUAUUCAGACCCAGUAUAGGAGGUUUCACUUCAUGUGUAAAACUAUAUGAAGUUAUAAAAUCAAAACACUCCUAUCGUACAGAGUAGCCUGUACUCACUGGACUGGGAAACUUAAGUAUUUCUUAAGUACUGACUACACUGGCUGUUCAGCUUUCUGUAGCUGACUGUGUUAAUAGUCCAUUCUCUUUCAUUGGUUGUGUGUGUUAUUUGCAGCACCAGGUGAUCAAACUCUGGGCCUUUUAACAUGGUCCUAAGUUCCACAAUAUCCUGUAAAUCCCCCAAAAUUAAGGCCAAAACAGAACAUUCCUAAACAUAUGGAGCUGUAAGGUUACAAAUUAUUUUUAAGAGGAAUGCUGCUGACCCCAAUAUCAUGAGUUCCCCCCAAAUACUUCACUAAGUACUAAUGUUGCACACGCCAAGUGAAGCCUUUUCAAAUUGUGAUACGAGACUAUGGGUAUGUGUGCUACCGUAUCAGUGGUAGUGUGCAGUCUACACUUGUAUGACAUAUUGUAAAUGAAGCAGAUAAAUACUUUUUGUGUUACAAUCUACCGUAAAUAAAUGUUACAUAAAUAUA